AACUCUCACAUCAAAGAAACAUUAUUAUUAUUAUUUACAAGAGUAACGUAUCAAAGAAAAAAGAUACACAUGACACCAAAAACCAAAGACUCAUUCACCUUCUCUCUAUUUCCAUUCAUGUAAACUUGUUCAACAAGAUUCUAUCAAUCACGUUGGUCUCUUACCAUUUUCAUGGUAGCUUCUUUUUCUGGAGGAACCUCAAAAAGCUUUGACAUUUAAUAAUUGGGAGACACGAAAAGAGAGCAGAGCAAAAGCCAAAAAGGGUGGAGUUUUGUUUGUGUUUUAUAUGAUCUGGGUGUUUGUGAUUUGAAAAGGUUAUUAGAUAGAUUUGGAUCUACAACAUAUAGAUAUAUUAUAUAUCUGAGGAUCAGAAAAUGGGUGUGGAUUACUACGACAUAUUGAAGGUGGACAGAAAUGCCACCGAUGAUGAUCUGAAGAAGGCUUACAGAAAAUUGGCAAUGAAAUGGCAUCCUGACAAGAAUCCCACAAACAAGAAAGAAGCCGAAGCCAAAUUCAAGCAGAUAUCUGAAGCCUAUGAGGUAUUGAGUGACCCUCAAAAGAAGACUAUUUAUGAUCAGUAUGGUGAGGAAGGCUUAAAAGAUAUGCCACCACCUGGCAGUGGUGGUUUCUCAUCUGGAAAUGGCAAUGGGGGGAAUGGAUUUAACCCUAGGAAUGCAGAGGACAUUUUUGCGGAAUUCUUUGGAAGUAGCCCUUUUGGAUUUGGUUCAUCAGGAGGACCUGGGAGAUCUACGAGGUUCCAGUCAGAUGGCUCAGGGAUUUUUGGGGGAUUUGGUGGGAGUGAAAAUAUUUUUCGAACAUAUAGUGAGGGCAGCAUGCCAAAGAAACCACCACCUGUGGAGAGCAAACUGCCAUGCAGCCUUAGGGAGCUUUACUCUGGAUCAACGAGGAAAAUGAAGAUUUCAAGAACCAUAGUUGAUGCCAAUGGACGACAGGUUCCAGAAACAGAGAUAUUAACCAUUGAUGUGAAGCCUGGAUGGAAAAAAGGAACCAAGAUUACUUUCCCAGACAAAGGGAAUGAACAACCUAACCAGCUCCCAGCAGACCUUGUGUUUGUGAUUGAUGAGAAACCCCAUGAUGUUUACAAAAGAGAUGGCAAUGACCUCAUUAUGAACCAUAAGGUGUCUUUAGCUGAAGCAUUGGGAGGGACCACAGUAAAUUUCACCACACUUGAUGGGCGUAAUCUAUCAAUUCCAGUGACCGACAUAGUGAGCCCUGGUUAUGAGCUUCUUGUUGCCAGAGAGGGAAUGCCAAUAGCAAAAGAGCCUGGUAAUAGGGGUGAUUUAAAGAUCAAAUUCGAGGUGAAUUUUCCUACAAGAUUGACACACGAGCAAAGAGCAGCACUUAGACGUGCCUUGGGGGGUUGAGGAGGAGGACUUCAUUGAUCUUUUCUCUGUAUGUAUUUGCCACCAGCUUGGGAAUCAAUGAAGCCACUCAAAAAAUGCAUUCUGUCAAAGGAGAGAUGCCAUGAAAUGAUCUGCCUCAAUAGCUAUCCUCUUUAUAAUUUUCUGAUUUUACCCGGCAGUUCCACUGUAGUUAUAUCUCUUCUUUGUUUUUUUCUUUUUUAGCCCCCCUUUUUUGUCACUAUUUUUUUGCUUUGUGUGCUUGAUUGAUUUUUUAUUUUUUAUUUUUUAUUUUUAUCUUCCCCUUUGUAUAUUUUUGCUGGGAUCCAGUGCUUUGUAUUUGUAUAAUCGCACCCCUUUGUAUUCUUUGUUGGA